AUGGAGGUUGGUGGGAGGAGAAAGCCGGGGAGCGGGUGGAUAUCCUCGCUGGAGGCUGUCGCGCGGGAGAGUCAAGGAACAGAGGUCGAUCAAGGUACUGCAUUGCCAGAGGAGUUUCUCAUGAGCCCUGUAGCAGCGGCUGAUUCCACGCUAUCCAGCCUCAAGGUCGCUGUGCACUUAUCGUUUGUGUUUUAG